AAAUAUAAAAUAAAAAGUAUAUAUGGCUGGCAGAAAUAAAUUUGAUCAUGCUUAUCGCUGUUCCACACAAAUUAAAUUUAUUUAUUUGUCUUGGAAAAACAUAUAUUCAUGAACUCUCUAAAUUUUGAGACAUUGCACUGAUCUUCAGAAUUUUUUAGAUGGAGGGUUGACUUCACGUCAACGACAUUAUAAUUGUUUUACCUUUUACUGUACUUUUCUAUAGUUAAUUUUCAUUUUUCUUUUGAUCUUGAUAUAUAAAAUCAUUUUAAAGCAGAUCUACAUGAGCUACAGCUACUGCAUACUCAGAGAACAUCUCAAAACCAGAUCAAGAGUAAGCAAUCAACAACACAAGCUUAGUUACAAACUCUAUAUUGCAUCAUGUUGGUGAAAUCCACACUCUGCUACCAAAAGUAGAGAUUUACAUUUAUUAUUUCCAAGCAAUCAGUCGAAUUUGCUAUCUGAUAUUGAAGAAGUUAUAUAUCUCACUUCUCAACUUGAUUUUCAAGCCAAAAAUCAUCAAUGGCAAAGUUUUAGCAUACAAGCAAGAAGGAACAAACUCUAGGGAGUCCCUAAUGGAGAACAUAAAUUCAGUCAUUGAUUUUGUGAUGGCCAUUGGCCCGAAAGUUUGGAAAUAUGUCGAGUAUCAAAUAUAUCACAACUACUAUGUGAGUGAAUUCCAAAACAUGCAAAAGGACCUGAAGAACCGACAAGAUGUCAUUGAGGCAAACUUGAAUACACAGCUCAAGAAGGCCAGAAAGACUACCAAUAGGGAAGUUGAAGCUUGGCUGGAGAAAGUGCACCAAGAAACUGACGAAAAGGUGGUUGAAGAUUUGAUCUGCAAAGGGGGCUGUUUCACAUAUAUUUGCUCAUCAAGAAGGCUCGAUAAAAGGACUCAAGCACUGAAGGAAGGAAUAUUUAAGCAAGGAGAAAAAUACACUAUUGCUGGUGAGAGUUUGGUUGUAGAUGUUCACUCAAAAGGAGUUCCACAGCUUGCUGAAAAAUGCAUUGCACGGGAUGACGUACAAGAAGAAAUUUUGCAACUGUUGAGGGGAGACGAGGUUACAAGAAUUGCAGUUUGUGGAAUGGGUGGCGUGGGCAAGACAACAAUCAUGAAGCAAGUCUACAACCAACUACUCAAAGAACCCAAAUUUAACAAAGUUAUUUGGGUAAAAGUAUCAAAAGACUUUGAUAUUAUUGUCCAGCAAAAAAAACAGUUUGAUGUUCUCAAGUUUCAGAAGAGCAUUGCAAGAAAAUUGGGAAUAGAAUUGGAGAAUGAGGAUCAAGAUACAAUUGAUGAGCUUGCAGAAUUGAUAUCACAAAAAUUGCAGCAGGGCAGUUAUGUGCUAAUUCUGGAUGAUGUGUGGGAGCCUUUUUCUCCAGAAAAUGUUGGAAUCCCUGAUCUACUUGGAAAUAAUGGCUGCAAGUUAGUGCUCACGACACGGAUACAACAAAAGGUUGCUCGUGCAAUGGAGUGUGAAGUGAUCCUUGUGAAGCCUCUUUCAGAUGAUGAAGCAUCAAGAUUAUUCUUAGAUAAAGUUGGAAGAGCCCUGUUAUCCAAUCCCAAAUUCAAAAGUGAUAUAGAACCAUUUUUUAAUCAGAUUUUGAAGAAAUGUAACGGUCUACCCCUUGCUAUUGGGACAGUGGCAAAAACCAUGAAAGGAAAAUUUGAUCGUUACUCAUGGGAGAUGGCAGAUAAAGAAUUAAGCAACUCUGAAGAAAUUUUCGGUUGCUUGAAAUUUAGUUAUGAUCACUUAGAAGAAUUGUGCAAGAAUUGUUUUUUGUAUUGUGCAUUAUAUCCUGAGGAUUUUGAAAUCCCCAAAGAGGAGUUAAUUGAGUUUUUGAUUGAGGAGGGAUUUAUAGAAGAUGGAAGGGGAUCUCGGCACUUAAUGAAUAGUGAGGGCCAUGUUAUUCUUGGGAAGUUAAUAGACAACUGCAUGUUGGAAUUGGUUAAACAAGAUAAAAAGGAAGAUUGUGUGAGUAUGCAUGAUCUUCUCCGAGAUAUGGCGUUGAAUAUCAGUCCUCGAUUCAUGGUGAAAGCUGGCAUGGCCUUGGAAGAGCUACCUGAGGAGCAUGAAUGGAAAGAAGAUCUUUUGAAGGUUUCUCUAAUGAAUAAUAACAUAAGAGAAAUUCCUUCAAGCAUGUUGUCUCCCAAGUGUCCAAUGCUCACAACCUUGUUGUUGUCCAAUAUCAAGAUUACAACAAUUCCAGAAGCUUUUUUUGAUCAGAUGCUUGGGCUGAAGAUUCUUGAUCUUUGUACAAAUUACAAGCUAGGUAGGUUGCCGAGUUCUGUUUCCAAAUUGGAGAAUCUUACUACAUUACUGUUGGAGGAUUGUAAGUCCUUAAAAGAGGUACCAUCUUUAUCCAACCUUGGAGGCUUAAAAAAGUUGGACCUUUUAGGGACAUCAAUUGAAGAACUACCCCAAGGCCUCAAUAUGUUAACCAAUUUGAAAUAUCUUCAUCUUGGUGGAAAAUUAUCUGAAAUACCAGAUGGAUUACUACAAAAUCUCUCCGACCUUCAGCAUUUAGGAGUAUAUUGGAGUAUACCAUUGAAAGGGGAGGAGAUUGGAAAAUUGAGGAAGUUGGAAUUUCUUCAUGGUUGGUUCUCUACGGUGGAUGAUAUGAGUCGCUUUGUCAAUUCUAAACGCAAGUUGCUAAAUGGGUACUGUUUUUAUGUUGGAGGUUACACAGAAGUAGAAAAAGUGCAUCGAAUGCUCGCUAGCUUUCCAAUUAGUGCGAAAUGCAUUUUAUACAAUGAUAUUGAUAUCUGUGGGGAGGUUAGUUGCCUACCAUUCGAUGCACAAGGCUUCUACAUCUUGGAUUGCAAGGAUGUGAGAAUCUUAGACGACAUUUCUGGCUUUCAAAAUGUAACCGACUUGCGGGGUUGUGUAGUUGAUAAAUGUGAUGGCCUGGAGUUUGUGGUUUCCUUGUGCUGCUUAAAGCCAUUUCGAAACAUUGAGCUGCUCUCCCUUUAUCAUUUGCCUAACUUGAAUGCAGUGUUUGAGAAAGUAGAAACAAUUGCUAUGCCAGCGCCACUGCCAGCUGGCACUUUUUCUCUCCUUCGAAAAAUUAAUGUUGUGGGUUGUGGAAAAAUGAAGAAGUUAUUGCCACUGGGGUUGUCGCUGUAUCUCCAGAAUCUUCAGAUUAUUAAGGUUAAAAAAUGUGAUCAAAUGGAGGAGGUAAUAUGGUCCGAAGAUGGAGAAGGAGAAAAAGCCCCAAAAAAACUAACUCUACCCAAGUUAGAAAGGUUGGUAUUGCAUGAUUUGCCUGCAUUGAAGAGCAUCUGUAGUGGUUUUAGUACUGUUUUGAGCUGUGAUUCCAUCAAAAGGAUUGACAUUAGGGAUUGCGGCAAAAUAGAGAGUGCUUUUUGGUCGGGGUUCAACCCACUUCCAACCCUUGAGCAUCUGCAGCUUUGGAGGUUAGAGAAUUUGAAAUCCGUGUUUGAUGAAGAAGCGCUUGGUUCAUCGGCUCCUUCCACCACCUUUUUCUCUCUUAAAACAAUUGAUGUGUAUAAUUGCCCUAAAUUAAGGAAAGUAUUUUCACUUGGAUGGCUGCUACGCUGCUUCCAAUCUCUAGAGACUAUUAAAGUUAAUGACUGUAACCAAAUGGAAGAACUGUUUUCAUCAUUGACCUACGAAGAAAUAGAAACCCUAGAAAAAAUCACUUUACCCAAUUUACAGAGUUUGGAAUUGAAGAAGUUGCCCGAAUUGAAAAGCAUCUGUAGUAGUUCCAGUGUGUUGAUUUGUGAUUCCAUCAGGAUUUUGAAGAUUAGUGAUUGUGAGAAGCUAAAGAGGAUUCCUCUGCAUCUUUCCUCGCUUGACAAUGGCCAGCCUCCCUCCCUCAAACAAGUUCAGGUAUACCCAAAAGAUUGCUGGGAAUCAUUGGAAUGGGACCAAUCCAAUGCAAAAGAUGUCCUUCGACCUUUUGUAAGUUUCUCUGGGAUGAGCUAAGAAGCAAAGGUGUGCAGGCUCUUUGGUGAUUGGACAGUGCAAAUGUAAGCCUUUUGUAACUUCAAUUUUCCAUUUUUGAUUCUGAUUCUGAUUCAACUCAGUAGGAAUUUACAUUUUUAUGCGUUCUUCUUCCUUUUUAUCUCAACAAAUCUCCCUCUCACUUGUCUUUCCUUCUCCAAUGUCUUUUGUUUGUUCUCCCCAUUGGCAGCAAAGCUGGAGUUGGACUUUGUAACCACAAGAAAGCCGGAGGAAAUCACAUUUGCUUGUCUCUAUGGUUGUGUUUUCAAUUUGAUAUACAUAGGCUUGCUAUUUUAUUUUAUUCGUGUUGUGACUUUAAAUAUGUCAAAUUCUAAGUGGAAAUGUUUGUUUCCUUGUGUAAUUUUGUAUUUCAAUUCUAUGUGAAAAGAUUUGUCUUAUUUCCUAUGGUAUUUCUUUUCCUACAUCUGCAUCUUUACUUUUAUUGUAAUAAGCAUUUUGGCUAAAA